UUUUUUUUUUUUUUUUUUACCUGUCUAUUCUCCUGCUUCAUUGCAAUGGCAGAAAAGGAGGUCAACAAGCCUGUCCAAGAUGCCGUCGUCCUCGUUGCAGAGACGGACGACGAGCUUUCUCAAACUACUAUCGACGUUGAGAAGCUAGGAAGACAGCGUCCUGAGGCGUUUUCUUCUACCUGGAUGGAAAUCGCCUUUGUCGUCUCCAUCUUGGGCUCCCUUUCUAUGGCGGACUUUGUCAUUAGCGGUUUCCAAGUCGUUCUGCCUAACUUGGUUGAGCCACUUGACAUCCCUCUCGAGGCGCAAACAUGGCCCUCGAGCGUCUUGACCCUGACGGCGGGUGCAUUCCUGUUCCCCCUUGGCCGUCUGGCGGACAUGUAUGGAGGAUACUUGCUUUUCAACGGAGGAGUAGCGUGGUUCGCGGUGUGGUCCAUCAUUGGUGGCUUCACUCGUAACUUCAUCAUGCUGGUCAUUUGCCGCGCUAUGCUGGGCAUUGGCGCGGCGGCGUUCCUCCCUGCUGGUAUUUCCCUGCUUGGUCGGAUCUACAGGCCCGGGCCGAGGAAGAACAUCGUGUUUAGUCUCUAUGGCGCCAUUGCUCCCUUGGGCUUCUUCGCAGGUAUCAUCGUUGGUGGCAUGGCGCAGGACUUGCUCUCCUGGAGGUGGUUCUUCUGGCUGGGCGGCAUUCUAUCAGCCGUUUUCGGAGUGGGAACGAUUUUGACAGCUCCCCGCGACUAUGAAGAGGCACGGAAGAUGAAUGUCAAGAUGGACUGGUGGGGAGUGUUUACGACUGUGCCUGGGUUGAUGCUGCUUAUUUACGCGCUGACCGACAGCGCCAAUGCCCCUGGUGGAUGGGCCUCUCCUCGAAUCCUGGUUACACUUAUCCUUGGUCUCAUCUUUCUUGGUGCGGCCGUGUAUGUUGAAGGCUGGGUUGCCGAAUCACCACUUAUUCCGGCAGAUAUCUUUCGCGUCAAGUGCAUGAAGAGAAUGUUGCUCUGCCUCUUUAUUACAUGGGGUGUGUUCAACAUUUACCUCUUCUAUGCCAACUUCUACAUCGAGACAAUUUUGAAGAAAUCUCCACUGAUAACUGCGGUUUACUUUGGCCCCUGGGCAGCAGGUGGCCUCGUUUUAGCCACUACAAGCGGUCUCAUCCUCCACAUGCUUUCCGGCAAAGUACUCAUCAUCGCCUCCGGCAUCUCAAAGAUUAUUGCUGUGCUCAUGUUUGCCAUUAUGCCUGAUGAUCCGAACUACUGGGCGUGGAUCUUCCCGGCUAUGCUUUGCGAGGCUGCCUGUGUCGACGUUUUGUGGACUGUGAGUAACGUCUUUCUGACGACUAGUCUGCCGAAGAGCCGUCAGGGUCUGGCCGGGGCGCUCAUCAGCGUCAUGCUCUUCCUCGGAGGAGCUUUCUUCUUGGCGAUUGCCGAUGUUGCCAAGGCGCAGUUUGUGUUGAACGGAAUGGACCUCAAACACCAGUACAAAAGCGUCUUUUGGAUCGGCGUGGGGCUUGCGGGAUUGGCUCUUGUCAUUUGCUUCUUUAUGAAUUUGGACAAGGCCGGUGGUGACCUUACGGUUGAUGAGAAGGCGGUGCGGAAGAUGAGCAAUGCCUCUUCAGAGGUGUCGUCGGAUGCGGAAUCUGCUGUUGAUGGCGCUCGAGUUGAGCCGAUGACGGGCGUGGUUGUUGAUUCAUCUGAACAGAGUGGCAAUGAAAAGAAAGAAAACAAGGAUUCUGCCUAAUGGAUGGUGUUGUUUAGAAAAAUUGACUUAUAAAAGGUAGAGCAUUUAGCCUGGAUUUGAUGGGAAGCGAGGCGUUUGGAUAUUUAAAAUUGGGAGCGUUUUAUAUGAGUUGCAUGGAAAGGAUGUAUUUUAUUGUCACUAAGAGUACGAAAUGUUCAAAAGGAAGUGACUUUUUAGUAUGACUGUCUUUUUUGAUAAAUAAC